GCCAGUGCCGCCGCACCAGCUGUCUGACACUGGCAAGUAAAAGGAUACAAACUCUUUAGAGCUUUACGCGUCUAGUUACCGCGUGAACGGCUGUGAGCGCGCACGCCGUUGCCUACCGCGUUAACUUUUUAAUCUCGUGUGAAAAAAGUUCCAUACGUGACAGUUACUCUUUCUUAUCUGUGGACUUACUAUUGGAGUGAAAGCUGCCGAAACUUACUAAUAAUCUUCGUAAAUUUAUUAUAUUGGUGUAGUGAACUAGUGUCAGUGCAGUGUCUUUUAUUUUAACAAUGAGAAGAAGCUCUCGCAGAUAGACGAUCCCACGCAGAUUACAUUAUUAUGCAAGCGCGACCGUAAUACUGCCAGCCGUACUGUAUAUUGGCAUAGCUAGUUGACAUUUGCCGCCAAUGCCGACUGAAUAAGAAAUGGCAUUGGCGAAUUUCACGCUGGCGGCCGCGAGCGCGGCGGCUCCGGCUCUGACGACUGCUGCUCCAGCUCCUCUACGCGUUGGCCUCGAUGAUCUCCUCUACUCUCCAGAACAGGCAGAAUACCCACCUCAGCCAGGCAACGAGCCUUAUUCCCCACCGGCCAACCAACAAAGAAGAUCCAAACUAAGAAAGCGUGCGGGUGCGGCCUAUCUCCCUCCUCCAAACCAAUUCACCCAUUACCCACACGACGACAUCCCGCAGAAUCCUUACAAUGGCCAACUUCACACACAAGUGUACCAACAAAACGCUAGACUAGAUGUACAGUUAGAUACCCAGCGUGUUCAGGAUAUGAAUUCACAGUUUGACAACACUGGACAAUAUAUUCACGAUCCUACUGGUGACUAUGAUUACGAGCAGAGGAGGGUAAAUUCAAAUGCACCCCGUCCGCCGUACAGUGGAUUCACAAGUGCGCCUUACCCGGCUGCGACAACACCCCCUUCUAGUCGAAAGUUCGAUGCAAGUUCUAGCCAAAAUGUAAAUAAUUUCAAUUACGCGAAUAGAGCGUCGCCGACGGCACCACCUUCUAGAACGCAGGAAGCAGGCGUUAAAACUGGCAGUAGCGCUAACGCUGGAGGUGGUGGACAGCCUCCCGACCGACCCCGAGGAUUCACGAAAGUAGAAACGGGGAGCUCCGGAGGCAAAACCCAACUUCACGCUGUAUUAGACUACGAUGAUGACUACUACGACGACGUACCUUCGCCAGAUGCUGAUCAGCCAGCCAUAACCCCUUUGCAGGGGCCUAUUCUGCUACGCAACGGCUCAGUUCCAGUUGUGCCGCUAACUUCAUAUCCUACAGUCAACAAUGGAUCUUUCUACCAAAUACCUAUCCUAUGGACUGCUCUCUCCGUAGCAUUAGGCUAUGAGCUACAGGGUCAAAUCAUCAGGGGCGUGCCAUGCGUUAAAAGAAACUACCAGCUUUAUUGCCCCACUGCUGGGAACACAUAUCCUUUAGAUAAAAUUGAAAACUUCAUAGACGAGAACAAGGCAUUAAUAAAAAGGAUGUACGGCUCGUUCACGACGCCGGGGGGAAGUCGAGUGCGGCGAGCGCCGGGAGUGCCCGACUUGGAGCCGGGCGACUCGUAUUUCAGGCACACGCGCCAGGCGACCAACACGCCGCCGCUGCCCGACGCGCAGGGCAACAGCACAGGCAGGAUUGACGCGUGCGAGAGUAAGACGGAGAUAAUGACUCCGUAUUGGGCUCUCAAUUCGGCGCGAAAGCUUCGUGCCAUCGUGAACACUAUGCACUUCGAGCAAGCUAUACACCAAGAAGUGUGCAGUAAAAAGACUACGAACAGAUGCUCCGGAGACUGCGGAUGCGAGCAAAAGUACAAAUGGCAUCGUCUUUUGGCUUACGAUCCAAACGACGACUGCGCAGGUAUAUUCAUGGAUUGGUUCCUUUUCCCUUCAUGCUGCGUUUGUCGAUGCAACCCUUAAUAUAGUUACCAUUGUACAAUCAAUCUUUAAAAUAAAUAACCCUCUUCCCCUUUUAAUAUUGCACAAUAAACUUUACAAAAUCAAAAUCCUUUUUCCUUCCUUUUAAAGUUUGUUGUUGCAACAGAGACGGAAAGUCUUGUAGAAAUUAAGAAUACACGAUCCCAAUAAACAUUGGGUGAUUUAUUUAAAAGACUGGCGUUAAUAUAAUCGUCUCUCGUGAUAUGUUAAUCGCCUCCCUACCUAGUCUCAUAAGAUUUGGAAUAUAUUUUUUUUUAGAAUAAGGCACAGAAGUGCGUACAAAGUGUUUGAUUUGAAGAAAUUACAAUAAGCUACAGCCUUGUCCUGUUAUGUUCCAUUUAUAAGCAAACAACUUUACUGCUAACUUUUAUCUAUAAUAUCUGUUCUAUUUUUUAUGAAUUCUUGAAAUACUAUCCAUCCUGUAUGUUUGUAUACUUGCACAUUCUUUUUUUCAUUAGAGAUAACAUACCUAGUGCAAUAUAUUAAAUGGGUUGAUAAAAGUUUAGUUAAAUUCUACCUGAGUAUUUUCAUACAAACAGGGCAUUGUUUAUUUUUCCAAUAGUUUUGCUAAAUAUUUUCAAAUCAAACAAGUAAAAAGUAUCUGACGAAAUAAUUAGGUAUGCACUUUAAAUAGCAUUAAAUGAUUAGGUAUCUCAUUACAUAAAUGAAUACAAUAAUGAAUAUAUGUAUAAAUAUCUUACGAUAAUAUUGUUUUGUGACACUAUUAAAAUUCAAGAGGAUAUUUUGAUUAUGGUUACUUAAUUAAAUUUUAAGUAGUCUAAUUAUAAGGAUAUUAAUUAUAUUACUAUAUACUUAAUUAAUCACUGCCAUUGUACAGUCCUUUAUUAUUUGCAUUAAAAGUAGACUAAAAUAAGAUUGUGUCUUAAAAGAAUGAUACAGCAUUGUGGAACCGUUAAUUUAUUACAAUUAUACCUACUACUCUUCUUAAAAUUGUCUACAUACUUUCAAUUUCCUAGCAGAAUUAUAAUAAAGCAAUUUAUGUUCGAGUGACAAUGCUAUACACUAAGUUUUAUAAAAUUUUAUUCACCUAUAAAUAUCUUCCAACACUUGUUGUGAGGCUAAACUUGAUUACUUGCCUAAAUAUUGAAUAAUGCUAAAGAAGGCUUAGAUAUCCGAAUUACGAUAGUAUAUAAAACAUUAUUACUAUACAUUAAAAUUAAGUUAAUACUAACAUUUAAUGUAGUUUACAAUUAAGUGUAGGUAUAAGGACCAAUUUACUUGAUGUAUUUAUAUACGAAAAUAAAUAAGCCUUUACUGUAUUCCCUUUGUUUUAUUUACAUAAAAAAUACAAUGAAAUUUCUUUGAAGAUAUAAAUGUUUAAUUGAAAAAUUAUGAACUGUUAUGUCGGAAAUACAAUUCAUUAUAUUAUACGUAAUAAAUAAAUUGUUAUAACAACAUAAUAACUACCUAUAUAUACAUAUCACACAUAAAAUUAGUUUGAUGGCUUAAAUUCAAUCCUUCUUCUCUUUGGCUUUGAGUUGUUCAAAUUCUUUGAAAACUUUAUCACUUAAUUUGUCACCUUCAUCAUCAAUUUGUUCAACAGCUAAUACCUCUGGUAUAUAGAACUGCAUCAUAUUUUGUACCUGACAAACAAAUAGAAUAUGUUAAUAGUAUAAAAUGAUUAGUGAGUGAGCUGAAAUUAUCUAUUUUAUAAUCAGUUUUUGAACUGAUUCUGUGAAGAUAUUGUUUUCAUUUUGUAAAGAGUAGCAAAAUUUAUUUAUUUAUGAACUAUAUAAUGCUAUUUAACUGUAUCAGCAUGGGGAAUAGAUAAAAAUCACCACACCGCACACAAGCAAAAUCUAGUGCAUUAUGCUAAUUAGAUAACAAUAACAUUUUCUUUAGAGAGCUAGGGUAAUGGACAGACCAAACAUAUAUUAUUUCGGUCAGAAUUUUAAUUGAAGUACAAGUCGCAAGAAAAGAUCAUAAUGCUUCAACAAAGAGAAACAUUGUAUAAAGAAAUGACUAUAAACUUAUUUUCAUUCCUAAUUAAACUUAAAAUAUAUUAUCAUCUAUCACUUACCCCAUUUUUAAGAGUAACUAUAGAACUUGGACAAGAUGAACAUGAGCCUUGCAUUUUGAGAGUCAACACUCCAUCCUUGAAAUCAACAAAUAAAACAUCACCACCGUCUUCUUGCACUGUGGGACGGAUACGAGUGUCUAGCAACUCUUUAAUCAUUUGAACUAUUUCGUCAUCAUCUUCAUUUAUUU